UCUGUGCUUCUGUCAAUACGUAAUCUAUGAUUUGUUACAAGGGUUCAGAACAGUAAAUUAAAUUCUUAUAAGAAAGAAUAAAAAUUAGUUUCUUGAGAAAGAUGGCUUGCAAUAUAACAAAAGUACCCUUACUUCGUACAAUUACGAACAGAUCAUUUGCUUCCGCAGCAAAUGUAAAACCAAUUGGUGGAGUAUGUGAUUAUGAAGUUAAUAAUUCAACUGUAAAUGGUGUACUCGUCACAUCUGCAGAAAACAAUUCUCCAAUCACUAGAGUAUCAAUUAUAUAUAGGGCUGGAUCCCGUCAGGAAUGUAAUGAUAAUCAAGGCGUUGCCCAUGUAUUAAGAAUAUGUGCUGGAAUGACAACAAAGUCAGCAAGCCAAUUUGCUAUUACACGCAAUAUACAACAAGUUGGAGCAAGUUUACACUGUACACUUGAUCGAGAAACAAUUUCUUAUACUCUCGAAGGAACAAGAAGUGCAGUUGAACAGGUUUUACCAUUCCUUUCUUCUGUUGCUACAGAACAAGAAUUCAGACCAUGGGAAAUUGCUGAUAAUAUUGGUAGGUUACGGUUGGAACUAGCUACACGUCCACCACAGUUGAGGACUGUUGAUCUCCUACAUAAAGCAGCCUACCGAACUGCCCUAGGAAAUUCUCUUUUUAUUGCCAAAUAUAACCUUGAAAAAGUUGGCCCUGAAACUUUACAACAUUUUGUGAAUUGCAAUCUUACUGCUGACAAAGCCACUGUUGUUGGACUCGGCAUAGAUGCUAAGGAAUUGUCAUAUUUCGUUGAAAAGGUCAAAUUCCGUGAAUCUUCAGGUACAGCAAUAAAUCCUUCGCCAUAUAAAGGUGGUGAAGUAAGAUGUGAUAAAGGAGGCGAUUUGGCUUAUGUAGCCAUUGUUGGAGAAGGUGCUGGUCAUAACAACAUGAAAGAAGCUGCAGCUUGUGCAGUAUUGCAGAAAAUAUUUGGAACAGGUUCUUCUGCUCCAUAUUCAGUUGAUCAUGGUUUGUUGAGGAGUUCCAUCAAAGUAACAGAUUCCUAUGCUAUCAGUGGUCUGAAUGCUAAUUAUGCUGAUACUGGUCUUAUGGGAGCAAUGUUUGUUGCACCUUACGGUGUAGCUGGACAGAUCGCAGAAAAUGUUGUCGACAUUUUGAAGAAUGGUAGAGUGACUGAUGAAUGGGUUAAUAAAGGAAAAAAUCAACUCAAAGUAGCAGUACUUCUUGCUAGUGAAAAUGGCAAAAGUGUUGUUAGAAAGUUAGGACAGACAGGUGCUCUGACUGGAAGUGGAAUAUCACCAAUUCAAUAUGUCAACUUGGUGGAUUCUGUUACAACUCAAGAUGUAAACAAUGUACUACAGAAACUUGGAAGCAAAUUAAGUAUCUCCUCAUUUGGAAAUCUGACAUGCGUUCCAUACUUAGCUGACCUCAAUUAAAAUUCUACUAUAUAGAUUAUCAUACUGUUGAUAUAUUUCGUUUAAAGACCUGGAAAUAAGAGUCACAUUUCCUUGAAUUUUGUUAAUUAAUUUUACCCCUCACAACCUGAAAACUUAGUCUAUAGCUACUCACGUCCAAUGGGAACACAUUUCUAUGUGGUUUACUUUCAAUUUAGAUUUCUACCAGUCCGAUAUUUUUGAUUGAUUUUUUAAUUUCACAGAAGUGAAACUUGUUUGAAUAAAAAACAAAUCUUAAACUUUCCUUCCAUGAAACUUUCUAAGUUGAAUAGAUUGUAUGGAACCGAAUUGAAUAAAAAAUCUUCAAAUUUG